AUGCCGGUCCCGGGCCUCCGCCGUGCUUCUUGGGCCAGUCGAUCCUCUGUUGACGACUCACCCGUCAGUGGUGAAGAUGAAGUCGUCGAGCCUGAUCAGGGAAAUGGUAACUCACAGUUCCCCUCCUCUCCGGCGCCGCCGCAUCUCCGUCUCCUCCAGCUGACAACUCUGGCAGUGCUUUCCCACAUUAUUUCCCAACUGCGACCGGGUGCCGACUUGAGUCGAGUCGUCCUACCGACUUUUAUUCUCGAGCCCCGGUCCAUGCUUGAGCGCAUCACCAAUUUCAUGGCCCAUCCCGAAACCCUCCUGCCCAUGACGACGAUUGACGAUCCCACCGAGCGAUUUAUCUCCGUUGUCAAGUUCUAUCUGAGCGGCUGGCAUAUCAAACCUCCAGGAGUGAAGAAACCUUUGAAUCCCAUUCUUGGAGAAACCUUUACUAGCUACUGGGAUUACCCCGAUGGAACGCGCGGAUACUAUAUCUCGGAACAGACCUCCCACCAUCCGCCCAAGUCGAGCUACUUUUUCAUGGCCCCGGAGCACAAUAUUCGCAUCGAUGGCACUCUGAAGCCCCGCAGCAAGUUUUUAGGUAACUCAGCUGCUAGCAUGAUGGAAGGAAUCGCUAUUCUGCGCCUGUUGAACCACGGUGAAGACAAAGAGAAGGGCGAACGAUAUAUAUUGACGCAACCCAACAUGUACGCCCGCGGUAUUCUUUUUGGAAAGAUGAAGUAUGAGCUUGGCGAUCACAGCUACGUGCGAUGCCCGGAGCACAACCUCGUGGCCGAUAUCGAGUUUAAAACCAAGGGCUACUUCUCCGGCACAUAUAAUGCUAUUGGAGGCACAAUCAAAAAUGAGAAGACAGGGGAAGUUCUAUAUGAGUUAUCCGGUCUCUGGAAUGGCGAGAUGCAUCUGAAGGAUGUCAAAACCCACCACAAAGAACUUCUAUUCGAUGCGACACACGCGAAGCACUCGAAGCCCACCGCGCGCCCUAUCGAGGAACAAGGAGAACGCGAAUCGCAACGUCUAUGGCUCGAAACAGUCAAGGCGAUCAACACUCGCAAUCACGAAGCGGCAACGGACGAAAAGACCAAGAUUGAAGACCGGCAACGAGAAGAGGCCGCCAAGCGCGCGGAUGAAGGCGUCGAAUGGCGGCCCCGACUGUUCCGUGCCGUGGAGGGUGGACCUGGCGGUCAGGACGAGGGAGAAGAGGACCUCGACUGGAUUAUCAACGCCGAAGUUGACGCGCAUGAUCCUGAGACCGCCAAGAAACAAAUCCUCGCCAUCGCGCCCAUCGUCAAAGCUAAUCCCGUCACCGCAGGCUCAUCGACAGGGACCAACGUUGAUGGAAAUACGAACAACGUGCAGCAGAAAAGCACCCAACUCGAGGACGUGGAAGAGCACGAGUACCCCGGCGUCUGGGAAACGACGAUCCAUCGUCUCUUCUCCGUCCUUCUUCAUGAUGCUCAACACAAGCGUUUCCGCGUUUCCUGGCCUACGACGCCACGCCACGCCACUGCUGGAUACCCGAUUUGA